CUAGGCGUCUUCUCCGGCGUUUCAUCUCCCUCAGCUCCUCAGAGAACCAUGGAGCCAAGUGAGAUCUACGCCGGGUCAGAGGCCGCAAAGGCACGACACGGUCCAAAGCCCCAGCCGCGGCCCGUUCCCAGGCCGCAACUAGUUCUUCAGUUCUAUAUAACCUUCACCUUCUGUAAUAAGACCCAAUAUGGUGGUAUCAUCCACAAACUUGAUGAUCCCAUUAGAUGGGUCAGAAGAUACACAAUCAUAUGUGUACAAUGAGUACAGGUAGGGACUGAGCACACAGCCCUAAGGAGAGCCAGUGUUGCGCUUCAGGGAAGAAAAUAUAAAAGGCCCAGCUCUCACUGUUUGUGGCCAAUUCAUCAGAAAGUCGUUAAUCCAGUCACAGGCGAGAGAAGGAAAAUUCAAGUCAGUCAAUUUUUCAGUGAGGAUGCUUGGCAGAAUAGUGUUAAAGGCUGAGCUGUAAUCUAUGAAGACAUUCUGACGUAGUUCCCAUGUUUCUCUAGAUGACUUGCUACAGAAUGUAGGGCAGUAGCUAUGGCAUCGCUUGGUGACUUAUUCCCUCUUUAGGCAAACUGAUAUUGGCUAAAAUUUGAUGGGAAACAUGAUCUAAGGUGUUGGCGAACCAGUCUCUCGAAGCACUUCACCACUACAUUACACCUAGUGUAAUAGGUCUGUAGUCGUUCAGGCUGUUAAUUGCUGUUUUCUUCGGGACUGGGAUAAUAGUGGCUGCUUUCAAGCAUGAUGGAACACUGGCCGUUUGCAAGGAGAUGUUGGAAAUCCUUGUUAGACCAACCUCUGCUAGUUGGUUAGCACAAGUUUUUACCACUAUCCCCAGCACCCCAUCUGGAUCUGCAGCUUUAUUAGAGUUCAUGGCCUUCAAUACAGCUCUCACUUGGUGUUCCUACAAGGUGAAUGGCUGGGAGUUAGAGGGCUGGUGGGCUGCAGCUACAGGGUCAGGUCUUUUCACCUCAUAGCGAGCAAAGAAGGUGUUCAACUCCUCUACCAAUGAGGCAUCAGAGUUAACUGUUUUCGUCAUAUUGCCCUUAUAAUUAGUUAAGUGCUGCAGUAUCUACCACACUUACUUUGGGUUGUUGUCUGCUAGAUGGUUCUCUACUUUUUGUUUAUAUUUUUGUUUUACCAUCUUAAUACCUCUUCCAGCCUUUGCCCUGGCUUCAUUGUAUUUUUCUCUGUCCCUGCCUUAAAGGCGGAAUUCCGGGCUCUCAGAAGUAUCCGUACCUCUGCAAACGUCCAAGGUUUACAAUUCCCAUAGACUUUGAUGCACUUGUCUAUUGUUGCAUUAUUUGUGCACACUUUGAUAUAUGAGAGUACAGUAUCGGUGUAUUCAUGCAGUUCUAGAUGUUCGACUAUGCUCAGUAGUUUCAAAGCAAUCUGUUGUGGCUCCAGCCCCCGAACCUGCUCCCAUGCCCGAAAGUGAAUCCGAGAGUGAGGGGGAAGGGCCGGUAAGGCUUACCUCAGAAGCACCGAUUCCUUUGGCCCGGCUCCAGGAGCCAGAACCAGGCCAGUCGGAGGAUAUAAUAAGGCUGACAUUCCCUGAUUCCUCCCUUCCUCAGGCUACGCCUUCAGACGCAGCUGAUAAUCAUACUAAUCAAGCCUGGAUCGACCCGCGCUUCAGAAGAUUAGAGAGGCGGCAUCAUCAAAGGGAAGGGUGGGGCUACAGGAUAUAUAAGGAACUUUGGGACUGCUCUCAGUUCCACAGGAAGCAAAUUAGCUGAACCGUGUUGAAGUGAGCUGAAGUCUUAAUCUGUUUGAACUUUUUGGCAGGCAGCUGUGUUUUCUCGGCCAGGACUGAUAGGAGCCGUGAACCCACUGGCUGUAGACCAGCUCGUUACUCCAAUGUGAGGACGGAAACAGAACACAAUCCUGCAACUGACUGAGAGCACCCUCUAGCCAGAUUUUAACAGUUUUCAUAAGUGGCUGAGAUCUUUUCCUGAGAGGGACAUACUUUGGGUAUAACAAAAGAAGGAGCUAAUCAGAUGUUCCCAGCUUAAUGAAUGAGGUAGUUCACACAUCUCCUACCAUAGGCAGUAAUGUUGAAGAAAUUGUAGUGAAAAACACACAUUUCCUUAUGUGGGAUAUUGGUGGACAAGAGUCAUUAAGAUCAUCCUGGAAUACAUAUUAUUCAAAUACAGAGUUUAUAAUCCUUGUAGUUGACAGUAUUGAUCGCGAGAGGUUGUCCGUCACAAAAGAAGAACUGUACCGAAUGUUGGCCCAUGAGGAUUUACAAAAAGCUGCCGUUCUCAUUUUUGCAAAUAAGCAAGAUAUGAAGGGUUGUAUGACAGCAGCUGAAAUUUCCAAGUAUCUAACCCUUAGUUCCAUAAAGGAUCACCCAUGGCAUAUUCAGUCCUGCUGUGCAUUAACAGGGGAAGGAUUGUGCCAAGGGCUGGAAUGGAUGACUUCCCGAAUUGGAAUAAGAUAAUUCCUCUGGAUUGGAAAUUUGAAUUAUCCCAUGGACUACCCUUUUGUGAUACACUUGUCUGCUUAGUGUAGCAACAAGUUUGAUUUAAAAAGGAAAAAACCUUUUGAAACCUCCACAACAAGCAACAGCUUGAAUCAAGUGCAGCUAAUCAAAACUCAGAGUAUUUUUUAAACUUUUUAAAAAUGCACUAGUCUUGGCUGGAUAAAAAAGUUUUCCUACAACAUAAGCUAAAUAAUUCUGCCUUGUAUAACCAAAUUCACAGUUGAAAAGGUUCCUUCUUGCAGCUUAAUAUCCUGUAGCAUUGGUCAGUUUGCUUCUCUUUUUGUUUCAUGCUACAUCAUUAAGCUUUAAAACUACCAGGAUUAUGGAUUUUAAAGUCAGUGGAUUUCCAGGAGAUGGGAAUUCCAAUGUCAGUACGCAUAAUUGGAAUUCUCCAACAUUGAAAGGAUUAUUUGCUAUCAAUGGUGUUGCCUUUUACCAUUAUAUUUCUGCCUGAGAAAGUAUGCACUUUCUUCUUAAAGUGUAUGCUAUAAAUAUUUUAUAUAUUGAGGAUUUUGAUAAAGUGAUUAUAGGGAGAAAAAAAACUUCAUGUUAUGCAGGAGGGCUAAUUGUACUGCACUGUGUUUUAGCAAUGCAUACUUAAUAGAGAAAACUAUUCCAGUAUAAGUAGAGAUGUAUUUAUCAAAUGAUAGUAUAUGUUAUUCCAAAUUUUUGGGGAUUCUGUACUAUUAGCCAAUGGGACUCUUUAAUUGGAUCCAAAUUAUUGCUCAACAGAAUUAAAUUCUUUGAAUGGUGUGAAUAAUGUAUAAAUAAUAAGUUUGAAAAAAUGUCUAAUUAUUCAUUGAAGAAAAUUAGAAGGUAUGCUUGAAAUUAAUUCUGUUCUGUGCAAAUUGGCCCAUGACUUUUUCUCAUAGAAAGGUGGAUUAAUGUGAUUUUCUUCAGAAUUAGAACUCAUACUACAUAUCAGUGUCUUAUUUUGUAUGGAGUAUGUGAAUGGCUUGCGUUUUCAUGGACAGUUAUUGUAAAUGUCCCACUAACAGUAUUAUGUAAUAUUUUUAGAACUCAGAGUUGUCUGUUUCUUAUGAAGAGGAUUUCUUGACAUGCCGUAAUGCUAGUGUUGUCAUGUGUAAUCUAAACUGGUUGUGGAGGUCCUUCCUUGAUCUCCUUGCCAUAGUCACAGAGGCAGUUUAUGGCUUAAAAGGUUGACUUGUGAUACAUCUAGAAAUGGGUAGGUUGGGGAAGGCCAGUAUAAGCCCCAAUAACACUGCUAGGAAGUGGUGCAAAUUAUGUAAUUUCUGCCAUUUGCAUCAUGAUACUUGUGAUUAUGCUUGCCAACAUUUGCAGACAUUCAUUUUGAUUUAUCUAAAAACUACAAAAGUAAACUUUUCUGUUCAGUAUAUUCUGUACAUGAAAGCCUGAAUAGAGAACUCAUUUUGAUUUAAUGCACAAGAAAUAUGUGCUAUAGUUUAAAGAGGACUGUAGCUUCAUGAGGAAACAAUGAUUUAGAAGGCACAGUAUUUCUUGAAGCUCAUUUGGUAUCAGAAGAAAAUAAGAAGCAACUGUUUGAGACAUAGAAGUCAACUCUUUCUAUGAUUUCGUAAAUACGAUUUCAUAGAUAUAUCCAGAUGGCAACCGUACUGAAAUGGAAUGCAUUUAGUUUUUUGAAAUCAGAUAAGUGAACAGUUAAAUUCUACUAUUUCUUGAGGGGAGGGAGCUUUUCCAUUCGAUUACAUUUUGUAAGAGCAUUUUUUUAAAAAGGUAUUGAAAUUGGUCAUUUAGCUUUAAAAGUCACCUUUGGAAAAAGCUCCUUACUCAUUUUCAAGUAGUAACUGAAAUUAUAUUUAUCUGACACUGUGAUAAUUAGGAACCAAACAAGCAAGCAAGCAAGAAAACUAGGGUUAUUUAUUAUUAUUAUUUAUUAUAAUUUAUUAUAGAUUUGUCCCAGUAGCAUGUAUGUGGUAAACUCAGUAUACACAUACAUGCGCAUACACUAACAUGCACAUGACCACGUUUAUGACCAAGUUGUCUUUUGUAACAAUAAGAAUUGUUGUUUAUCCAUAAUUUUCCUUAUUCCUAGUAUUUGUCCCACUACACAUAUCUCUGGAGUUGAUAUCUUCAAAUCUAAUUUCAGAGGAACUUUUAAUUGAAAUUUAGUUAUAUCUCUUCACUCUUAAUUCUGUCUAUUCCUUUGGUGCUGUCAACUAUAAAUUGGUCUGCUGUACCUUUUUAUAGUCCAAGUUCCAAAACUUGAAGGUUCAGAUAGAGCUUGAAUAGGAACAAUAAUAAUCUGUACAGUACCAGCUGAUGGAUGAUUUCUUCUUUGGGGCCAAUAUUAGUUUUGGAUCUUUGGGAAGAUGUGUUUCUCGUCAUCUAUUAAUUGAUCGUUUACAAACUAGAGGAGUCCUAGAGUUAUAUCUGGGAUAUUUUGGGAGCCUCUGUUCCACUAACUCACUGUGAUUCUCUCAUGUCCAAGAUACUAGAGAGUUUUAACUAUUUCCGAUUCAAGGUUUUGGUAAUUCUUUGCCUUGUGUCCUGUGUCAAGAUAUAUGAUCAUUUGAAAGAAAAGGUUUAAGUGAGAUAGUAUAUCAUGACAGAUCAUUUUCAUUCUUUCUUUGCCUCCAUUUAGAUCCCCACAGUAACUGCAAAGAUAACUUUUUUUUCAUAGAGGGAAACUGUAUGCUUUUAAACCUUGGCUCUUUUAUGGUGUGGCGUUUUGAAAAGCUGGCCCAUUUUGGCAUUAUCAUUUCAUGUGGUCAUAAAGUUUUAUCACUUUUAUAUUAAAUGAUGAGCAUGACAUUGCACUGUAAUUAUGUUGAGGUGAAUUAAACUGCGUGGUUAUGUAAAACCCUUUGUGCUGCUGUAAAAACUGCUAGCAACGCAAUAUUGAUUGUGGUGGGACAAGAACGAAAGAGAGGCUGAUUGGACAAUAAGACACCACUCCUUACUGUGUUUGCACCCACCUUUUGCAUGUAAGUACGGUUGGUUCUCUAAAUCAUGACCAUGGAUUUUAUUUCUUGAAUUUGGAUAUAUUACAUUUUGUAUUUCUGUAAUGAGCAAUUGGUUCAGUUUCAAAACUCACUGAACUUGUAUUGAAAUAAACAAUGAA